AUGGCAAGGUACCGGAGCCGCAGCCGGAGUUACAGUCCCCGCCGCCCCCGCAGCAGGACCCCUCCUCGACUGCGCAAGCGGCACGACGACGACGGCAGUUACCGCGACAGCCGUUCCCGUAGAGACCGACGGUCCCCUCUUCCUUCUGGUUUGCUCGUCCGUAAUCUCCCUCUCACCGCUAGCGCUGAGGAUCUCAGGAUCCCGUUUCAGAAGUAUGGCCCUGUUAAAGAUAUCUAUCUGCCUAAGAAUUACCAUACUGGGGAGCCUCGAGGCUUUGGGUUUGUCAAGUAUCGUUAUGGCGAGGAUGCAGCGAUAGCUAAGGAAAGAAUGAAUCAUAGAUUUAUUGGUGGACGGGAGAUUCGGAUUGUUUUUGCUGAGGAAAACCGGAAAACUCCUCAGGAAAUGUCUUCAACUGGUGGCCGUACAAGUCGACAUGGUGGUAGCAGUAGGCACAGAUCACCACCAAGGUCUCCAAGACGCAGAUUCCGAUCUUCAUCACGCUCUGCUUCGCCACCUAGGAGAGACACGAGUUAAGAAAAGAAUAUAAAGCUUAUAGUUGGCACAAAGAGUAAUCAUCAUCUUCAAAGAGGGAAGCUAGUCCAAAGUUUUACUGGUAGAGAGAUGUCAUGGCCUUGUCCCAGAAAACAAAAGAUAGACUGAUUUCUUAGGAUGUUGGGGCAAAGAGAUUGAGAACUGUGAAGUUAGCAAGAUGCUGAUCCGGCCAGUACAAUCCUUGUAGAGCCCAGCUCUCAAAGUGUUUUGGAUCAAGUAUCAUUAUUUGUACUGGAAUCCUGAAAUGGUAACAGGGAUCACAGAGUGAGGGAUGACCACCAUACUUCAAGGAGAUCUAGAUCAAUCUCAAGAUCAUACUCUCCACAGGAUGAAGAAAGGGAUCAUAGGUCUAACAGGAGAUCUCCAAGUCCAGUUGGAAAUGGUCGUAGUCCUCAGGAAGUGCGGGACCAUGCCUCUGGUAGAUCAAUGAGUCCCAAGGAUAAUCGGUUCAGUCCUUCUCUGUCUGGUUCAAGGUCAUACGACUAAUGUGCAUGUGCCUGAUCGUGAUCCUCUCUUCGUCUGAUCUUCUCUGCACUGCUUGGUUGAACGGUUGAUGGCUGAUGGGAAUGUGUGAAUCUGAGAUGUGCAAUCAGUUAUCAGUGUUUCCUCCUUUCUCUCCCUUCUGUCUCUAGGUCUAGUUACUUCAGACUGAAUAGUACUCUUCCGAUGCUAGUGGAUGUAGUCUCUUUUUCUACAUUGGCCAUUUUGAUUUCUGUACAAAUUUGUAGUUUGGGGAACAUCAGGAGAUUCAGAAUUUGAUGUCGGUUUUGUUGGUUGUUUCCCCCAAUUUGGGCUUCUGGAGUUGAUUCUUUGAGUAGAUGACUUUCAAGGUAACGACGA